UGCACAUAAUGAAAGCAAUUAUAUAUACAUAGUGCCCUCUUCUUUCCAACAAAGAACCACUAAUUCAUAUUAAACAAAACACUGAGAAUUGAUCAAUAUUAUUAUCAAGAGAGAGAGAGAGGGUUGAUCAGUUCUUUCUAGGUGCAAGAUCGAUCGAUGGACUGUUCUAUUUGCAGCGCGAUGCCGUACAUUCUGAGGCCGCCAAGAAACACGAUAUGCGGAGCGUGCUACGAAGGAGCCAGAACCAUAAUCACUUUGACAAACAAACUGGAGAAUGAGAAUAAGGCCUCUGAGAAACCAACCACUAACAAUCCUGUUUCUAAGGGAUUUGCAAAUGCAUUGAAAUGGGUAAAAGAGAUGAAGGAAAUGGAGGAGGAGCUAAAUGAGAAGAUAAUUUAUCUAAGUGGAUUUGCAGCUGCAUUCAGGGAUCAUAUUCACACUGAUAUUCAACUCAAGCCUGGAAAUAAUCACCCAUCUAUUCCUGCACAUAGAGCUUUAUUGGCAGCAAGAUCAGGCAUUUUCAGAAACAUCCUGGAUUCGGACGAAUGCAAAGCUCCGCCGAAUCAGACAAUAACACUUGCAGAAUUGAACCACGAAGAACUGGAAUCUCUACUGGAGUUCCUGUACAGCGGAAGCCUUCCGAAAGAAAAGGUGGAAAAACACGUUUAUUCAUUGUCGAUCGCUGCGGACAAGUACGAGAUACCAUUCCUACAGAAGUUUUGCGAGCAUCAUAUGCUUGGAUCCUUGAACUCCUCCAACGCGCUGGAUGUCUUAGAAAUAUCAGACACUUGUUCCAACCAAUCUCUCAAGGAGACAGCCUUGAACUUCAUUGUCAGGAACAUGGAAGACAUCGUUUUCUCUGCUCGAUUCGACGCCUUUGCGCUCAAGAAUCCUCAUUUAACUGUGCAGAUUACAAGGGCGUCUUUCAUGGAUAUAAGGAACAGAAGGCCUGGUGUUUGAGUUUCGGAGAAAUUAAAGUGUAUAUAUAGGUGUCAAUGUCGUGUUUUAUCAUUUGAUUUUUUUCACUCAAGUGUCUGUCUGAAAGGCAGAAAUCCCGGAAGGUGUAUAUAUAGAGCUCUGCUUUCCCAGUAAUUUGUGGAUAAAAUUAUUAUAAUUAAGGCUUAAAAAUGCAAUUCUC